AUGCAUAAAGUAAUAAAUAAAUUAAUAGAUAAAGCUAAAAUUGAAAAUUCUGUUUAAGGUGGUAUGUUUUUAUUAAUAAAUAAAUAGAUUAUCAAAAAAAAAUUAAAUUGAGAUUCCAAGAAAAAAAAGAGAGUUAAUAUUUAUUGGGUUUCAAAUAUCUAACAAUGAGAAUUAAGUAAGAAAAGUUGAUAUUGGUUUUAGUAUUUCAGAUUUUAUGUUAUAUGGAUUAGAAAUUCUGAGAUAAUAUAUAAAUAUCAAUUUAAAGUUACUUGCAAGUAUUGUAAUGAAAAACUAGUGUUGGUCUAAACAAUAAUUACCAGGAUUCUUAAUUAACUUCAAAUUGGAUGCUAACAUUAAAGAUGGUAAAAUAACUAUUAGAAAAUUAAUAGAUCAAAAUAAUCGAAAUUCUAUAAGUGGGUUCAUUUGCGUUCUGCUCGAUUGUUCUCUUAAAUUAAAGGAGAAACAGAAAUAGGUAGUAAUUAAACUCAAUUGAUAAGAUGAAUUGUGUUUGGAUGAAAUGA